AUGUCUGCCCCGCAACCGCCCGCUGACCGCAAAAGCUUCCGUGUUGCUAUCCUUUGUGCUCUGCCUCAUGAGGCCGAUGCUGUUGCCUUGCUUUUUGAUCAGUUUUGGGACGAGGAGCGCGGUACUUACGGCCGAGCCAAUGGCGACAAUAAUACAUACAACACUGGCCGUAUCGGACAACACCACGUCGUUCUAGCUGUUCUUCCCCACAUAGGCACCAGCAGCGCAGCGGCUACAACGGCCAGUCUGCGGUCAAGCUACACUAAUCUUAGGCUAGCCAUCCUCGUCGGUAUCUGUGGCGGUGUCCCCCGCAUCAAAGACGAUAAUGUAUUCCUAGGCGACGUCGUAAUCAGCCAGAUCAUUAUUCAGUAUGACUACGGUAGGCAGUAUCCUAGCCACUUUGCCAUAAAGAGCACGAUCGAAGAUAGUCUUGGGAGAGCCAACACCGACAUUGGAAGUCUUGUCGACGGCGGGGACUUCAUCCCAGGGAUUUUUAUCGGCCGAAUUGGUUCGGGCAACACAGUCAUGAAGAGCGGGGAAGACCGGGAUCGCAUCGCCGCUGAUAACGACCUCAUUGCAUUCGAGAUGGAGGGUGCGGGAGCGUGGGACCAGGUUCCGUGUAUCGUUGUCAAGGGCAUUUGUGACUAUGCGGACAGCCACAAGAACAAAAGUUGGCAGGAUUUUGCAGCCGCUACGGCAGCGUCUGUGGCAAAGGCCAUUCUCGAACGAUACCAGGUCCACGAUGAAGAUCGAGAGACUACCUUGAAGAACAGUGGGAUUUAG